UUACAAUAGCGCCGUUGCAAGACCCUGCAAACUUACCAUCGGCGGGCAUCUAGGACAAAACUGUCCUAAAAGAAAGACAUACUUAUAGUUUUUGGGUUAGAUGCAUAUGGUAUAGCGACCAAUCUGGCUGCAUAUGACGCGCGCCUUUCUCCGCCUGCGCUGUCCCUACCGACCGGUAGCACGCCAAAGCCCUCUCUCAAUAUGUCUUCGAUCAUAUAGUUCUGGCCUCACCCAUGACAGGGUUCAAGUCCGGUGCGGAUCAACGGGGGAUGUUUCCAUUGACCUAUACAACAUCGAUAAGCUGUCGCCAACCACCCCCCUCCUCCUUCAUUUACCACCUUCACCAACGAUUGACGACACGCGCGUGCCGUUACCCGCUUUCAUCCAACGGUUUCCCGUUGCCACCAUUAACUAUCGUUGGGAUAUGUUCGAGAGCCGUAUCCCCGGCUCCCCCAUCUACGACACAGGAAGGGCGCGAAGCUGGCCGACGCCUGUCCACGAUGUAGGGUUUUCUUUUGCAUGGCUUUCGGAGAAUCUGAGGCCUUUGGGUUCCGGACGCCAAUUUGUGUAUGCUUAUGGAUCUUACCUGGGCGCAUCAUUGGCAACAUCAUUGGCCCUGACCGAAUGCCACCCACAUUCACCGUUCGCCGUACGUGGUCUUGUCGCAUACAAUGGCAUCUACAACUGGACUAUGUUUUUACCCGAUCAUAAAGUGAAUCGGUCUCCAAAAAAGACUAAAAUGGUCUCCAAGCCGAUGAAGUUUGGAAGUGAGCAUAUGCAGUCGCUCUGGGAACAGCUUCCUGCCCUAUUUGGAGAGCCAUGCAACCUUUUCGACUGUUUUGGUAGUCCCAGUCUCUUCUUCCACAACCCUGGUCUUACUGAGCCAGCUUCUUUCUACCAAUCUUCAGAAGAGGCCGCUGCAAUCAAAGCCAUUGCGGAUGGAGAGCUACCAGUAGGUGAUAUACAGCAGGUUCGCAAAUCACAUCUCAUAUUCCCCCCGCGCUCGUCUACCCUCAAAAUUCCGGAAACGAUGCUGCUUCAUGACUCGGUUCCUCAGUUUAUACGUUCAAAGGCAGCAAACUCUAAAACAGUCAAGAAGACGGCUUCCAACACAUUUGGUAGCCAGGCUAUGGAGCUUGCAGAGCUUAUGUGGCGCAGCGUCGACGUCGUUGAGCUCAAAGAACGAGCUAAAUGGGACGAUGAGAUAGCCGUCUGGGCCAACGAAGCAAAGCGGCGGGUGCAACUAGCUGAUGUUGGUAAUGAACGACCUGAUUUAAGUUUGAAUACAGCUGGUGCCAAAAUAAUUGCAGAUUGGUUGGCAGCUCGAUUCCCAAUGGCAUAACCAGAUUUACAAUCCAACGGUUGCACAAUGCCACACCAUAACUCAUGUGCAUAGAAGCGAAAUAUGAACAUAUUGUCUAGUAGAAUAAAAACCACCUACCGCACAACAAUAUUUGUGUAGUUAAAUGAAUAAUUUAUUUAUCUAUUGCUGAAUCUCGAGAUCAG